CAGCUGUAACUCCUGUCAGCUACAAAAUGCACGAGAGCAAUGAGAUUUCCUCUCCAAUUUCAGAGCUUUGUUGCAUUUCUCUUUCUCUUGUCGAAACUCCAGAGAGAGAGAGAGAGGGACGGAAUCAUGGAGUAUGAGCGGAUUGAUAAAGUUCAGAUGGGCAUAAUUUCUCCGAGUAAAUUGAGGCUAAAGCUUAUGGGACCUCACCAUCAGAGAAAAAAGGAUGGAACAAAUAGCAAUUCUUCCAGAACAUCUCCUUGUAGACUAGAAGAUGCAGAAUUCGUGGAGAAUAGCCUAUUAGCCCCCCAAAAUGGAGAUUUUGAGGAGGAAGGUGGCCUGAAAGAUCUGCCAAGUGCUUCCUCUCAUAUUGCAGCUCCCAGAGUAGAAGCAUCCUCAGUGAAAUUAUCUUCCAAGGGGGUAUCAAAUUCUGGUCAAGGCGAUACUCUUUCCAAGCCAAAGGACAUACUAAUUCCUAAAGAAACUGGGGACAUGGGUCGGGUCAAAAUUCAGCAAUUCUCAAGAUCUGGUAGCAGUAACUCAACAGUUCACCCUGUUAAACCUGUAGAAGAAGAUAAUCCAGAUUAUGACAGCAACGCUAGUUCAUCUAGCUUUGAGUUUCAUAAAGGAGAGAGGUGCUUGUACAAUCCAAUGAUGAGACCCUUUUCUCGUCCUGUGCCAUCUAAGUGGAAUGAUGCAGAGAAAUGGAUAAUGAGCAGGCACCCUGCGCAUCCAAAUCAUUCUAAGAAAACCAUUUUGCAAAAUCAAAAAGUUGGGCAACCAGCUACCAAUUUAGUGAGAGUUGUUCCGGAAUUGACAAGCUCUGACCACAAGGUAUCGGUUCUUCCCGUAUCAGAUACAAAACAGAUUGAUUCCUGUUAUGCAACUCCACGCAUAGGGAUGGAGAAGUUCUCUUUUGUUAGCUCUGGGGCUCAUCCCAUUUCAGGUGCAGCAAAUGUGACAAAUUUUUCAGUCGAUCCGUGUCCUUUUAGUCAAGACAAGGAUGUUGAUCAUAAGGAAUUAUCUGGGUCAGAGAGACCCACAACAGAUAUAACAGUAUUUCCUACCAUCAGAGCAGUAUCAAUGAGAGAUAUGGGAACAGAAAUGACACCAAUCCCAAGUCAAGAGCCUUCAAGGACUGCAACUCCUGUAGGAGCCACAACCCCACUCCGAAGCCCAAUAUCUUCAAUCCCAUCUACUCCCAGAAGAGGUGAACCAGCAUCUACACCUGUGGGGGCCACCGCAGACGAUGAAGCAGAAUCCCAAAAAGGAUAUAACAAGGACCUAUCUGAGGAAGAGAUGAAACUUAAGACACGUAGAGAAAUUGUGGCUCUUGGUGUUCAACUUGGCAAGAUGAACAUUGCAGCAUGGGCUAGUAAGGAUGGGAUGGAAAAGAAGACUCCUCCAACUGAACCUGUUGAUCCAGAGCAUCUGAUUAAGAUUGAAUAUGAAAACCGGGCAGCUGCAUGGGAAGAAGCUGAAAAAUCCAAACACACAGCCAGAUACAAGCGUGAAGAAAUCAAAAUUCAAGCAUGGGAAAGCCAGCAAAAGGCAAAAAUAGAAGCAGAAAUGAGGAGACUAGAGACCCAGAUAGAAAAAAUGAGAGCCCAAGCUCAAGAGAAGAUUAUGAAGAAGAUAGCUAUUGCAAAGCAACGAUCAGAACAAAAGAGAGCUGCUGCUGAAGCCAAAAGGAAUCGGCAAGCAUCAAGAACUUCAGCACAAGCAGAGUAUAUUCGCCAAACUGGUCACAUUCCAUCAUCCCAUUUCACCUGUUGUAAUUGGUUGUAAUAAGAUUUCAGACAGUUUAUGGAAGUUGCUCUUCUCGUACCAGUGGCAAGUCAUAACAGUCAACUACUCUCUUUUGAUUUUAUUUACAUGAUGAGAAUAUGUUUCUCAAUUUUGGAGAGUUAUCUCUGUUUGUAAGUUGUAUACGCGAAAAGUAAAUAUAUAGCAAUUGAUGUGACCAUUGUAGUAAAUU